UUAUUACGUACAAAGAUCAAUUUUAAUCCAUUAUAGUAAACUGCUACUGUAGUUAUUUUUUCCUGUGGAAUAAAAUUGGACCUUGUACUGUUAAAUCUAAUGAAAUAUUUAAAAAAUCUUACAAAAAUUACCGUGCCUUAGGUUAAAGUUACAAACAACAAUUGCUAAACAAUACUUGAAAUUUUGUUUCAAAACUAGCUAAUAUAGUGUUUUAAGAAUAUUAUGAUGGAAUUGAAAGAAGGGUUUGUUAAGGGCCCCUGGGGAAAUAUUGCAACGCUAUCAUGUGGCAACCCCAAAGGCGAGAAGGUGUUGCUAGUACACGGCCGGCUAGACAGCGCUGCUACCUACAUACCGUUACUGAGGCUACUGCCUGAGAAAUAUCACUAUGUUGCCUUUGAUAUGCCGGGCAAUGGGAAAUCGGAUCCAUUCCCGAAGGGUACAAUACUGUCUCGCUUCAUCGGCGUAGUUGUGAUAGAUCUGGUCGUAAAACGUCUGGGAUGGAAGGAGUUCAUCUAUUUUGGUCACUCCUUGGGAGCUGAACAGGGCCUAUUCUACUCGGCGAUCUACCCGAAACACAUAAAGAAGGCAAUAUUCCUUGAUCCCGGGCCAUCCUUAAACUGGUGCAGAGACGUCAGUUACCCCGUGUUUUUCAAGGAGACAUAUGAGAAUUUCUAUGACAACUGUCAUAAAUAUGAUUACGAGAAGGAAUAUACGAUGGAGGAAGCAAUAAAAGCUGUUAGAAAUAACCGAGCUUUGAAUGAGGAUCAAGCCAAGUUGAUACUGUCUAGGAACCUGAUUGAAGUUGGCCCGGAGACUUAUAAGUUGUCAUGGGAUCGACGGUAUAAAAAUUUGGCAACCUUCAACGCACCCCCUGAAUACUACUACGAACUAUUUACAUUACACGCCCCACCCUCCUUGCUAGUAUGUUCCAUGGACCUAAAACCCUUGUUCUACACAAAGCGUAGUAUAACGGCAAAGUUAGUUACGACCUGGGAAGAGAAGUGGAAAAAUGUCAAAACAAUUUGGGUGGAGGGUACUCACGAUUUACAUUUUACUAGCGCCAAUAAGUUUAUACAUGAAGUAUUGUCGUUUCUAGAGAAUCCCGUCGUUAAAUCUAAGAUUUAGAACAUAUGAAAACGGGUGGAAAUAUUAUUGUGUGAUAUUUUUAUUUGUUAGUUGUAAGGGGAUAUUGUGUGAUAUUUUAUUUAUUUCGCUCAAAUUGUCGCUGCGACGUGGUCCUUCGAGCUGGAUUUAUUUGUAAAGGUGAAUGAUUUUUUUACAGGAUUUAUAUUUUUCUCUAUUAUUGGUAGUGGUAGGUAAUCAAUUCGAGCGUCCCGUAAUCUUUGUUAUUUUAUUUUGCUAUUUAACAUUUUACUACCGAAUGACAUUCCAAUAUUGAUUAAAGUUUAAACAUUGAAGUAUUAUAGAUGCGUUAGAAAGAGAGAGAG